GUCCGGGCUCGUCCUCUCUUCUCCCAUCCCAUCCGGCAUCCAUCCUCGUUCGUGGCCGUGGCCGUGUACGUGCAGUGCUUUCUGUGAGUGAAAUCGUGCGUGCAUUGCAUUCCCAAUUGCGAGUCGCGAGUCGCGACUCUGUAGUCUCUACUGUGGAGGCACAGACUUUAUAAUACUUUAAUGGUUUCUGUUGUCUGUGGUAGAGGUAGACCGAAGAGCCGAAAUGUGGUAAAUAAAUAAUUAAUAAAAUAAAAUGCAGGGCAGGAGCGAGGAGCGCAGGACGCAGCAACCCAGCAUUCAGCAAGGCUAUAUUUAAUUUCGGUUCAUUGAAAGUUUGCGGAAGCUAGUUACAUCCACUUUUAUAUUUGUUUAACGAGUGCAAGUUGAAAGUUAAGUGACACGGAAAUGGAGGAGAAAUACGGGAAUAAGAUUCAUUUGAAUCUAGUUCCCAAAAAAGAACCAAGUGAUGACUCUCAUGUCCCAGACAGUGGACUCCUGAGGAGUUUGCUAAAAAAGGAGGAAUCUCCCAGCGACGAAGAUGACAGGAACUCUUGUGCGGAGAGGACCAAUGAUGCAAAUCAACUAAAGUUACACGACCUUGACGUUUUGAUGAAUGAUUUUCUGAAAGACAGUGCAAACCCUAACAGUGAUGUAAAGGUGAAGUCUGAGAUGGACUCUGAAGAAUCUGAAGAAAAUGAUCAAGACUCACCAAUGGCUCAGGAAACUGAAGAUCUGUCAGACAAGGAUGUUUUUACACCUCAGGAGAUUGUUGAAUCUGAAAGUAACAGUAGCAAGAGUCAUUCCUCAAAUAGAAGGAAUCCCAGAAGGAAUGCCACAAGAAGCAAGACACCACCAGUAGUAGCAGCCACAUCAAAGGUAAUUGUUGAAUCUGAAAGGAAGAAAAGCAAGAGGCGUGAUAAAAGUAUAAAUGUCAGAAGAAAUACCACAAGAACUACAUCACCAGCUGUAGCAGCCACAUCAAAUGAAAACCAAACACCAUCCAUAGAUUCAGACACCGAAGUGGCAAUUGUUGAAUCUGAAAGGGACAGUAGCAAGAGGCAUGAUAAAAGUAUAAAUGUCAGAAGAAAUACCACAAGAACUACAUCACCAGCUGUAGCAGCCACAUCAAAUGAAAACCAAACACCAUCCAUAGAUUCAGACACCGAAGAGGUGCAGAGUGAAGGAGGAAAGUGCACAGCUCAGUUGAAUGGUGUUCUGUGUGAAUGUGUUAAGUGUAAAAAGGCCUUUGACUCUGAGGUUCUGUCAAAUGGUUACAAAAAAAAUACUGGUUCCCUACAAGAAUUUUUGGAAUGUGUACUCUGUGCCGAAUCAUUUUGCAAGUUUAAGAGGCAUCAUCACCUUUGCUCUGUUUGCGAUUUGGGGGGGGAUGACUUGGUGGUAGAUGAGGGACGUCCCUAA